AUGUCAAAAUCAUCUGUUAUUGAUGUGUUCCUUAGAGUCCGUCCAACUAAAAAUCCAUCAAAUCUCUUUAAACUUAAUAAAGAUGAGGGUACAGCUGAAUUCACAAUUCCCAAGAAUCCAGAUCAAGGUUAUAUCAAUAAUCAAAUUGAAAAACAUACAUUCAAUUUUGCAGGAGUUUUUCCAACUGACACUACUUAAGAGGAAAUCUUUGAUAAAAUAGCCAAAGAUGUUGUCGAUUCAGCUAUUGAAGGUAAGUAGAUCAUUUAAUAUAAGGUUAUAAUGGAACAAUAUUUGCUUAUGGAUAAACAGGAUCAGGUAAAACUUAUUCAAUGACUGGUAAUCCUGAAGCUAGGUCAUCUGCAGGUAUUAUACCACGUACACUAUAUCAUAUAUAUGAUUAUGCACGCAGAGAAUAAGAAUUAGUAAUAUUCAAAUUCAAAUAUCAAAUUAGAUAAUCGAUGUUACAAUUAGUUAUUUAGAAAUAUAUGGUGGAUCUGGAUAUGAUCUACUAGUUGCUGAUAAUAGAUCUAGAAAUUUACAUGAUUUACCAAAAGUUUAAGCAAUGGCAACUGCAAAUGGUUAAACUAUUUUAUAAGGAUUAUCAUUGAAAAAGGCAUAAACUGAAGAAGAUGCAUUAAAUCUACUAUUUAUAGGAGAAUAGAACAGAGUUAUUGCAGAAACACCAAAAAAUGAUGCUUCUACAAGAUCACAUUGCAUUUUUAUAGUUAUUUUAGAAUGUCGUAAACCAACUUCAGAUGUCAAAACUGUUUCUAAACUUUGUUUAGUUGAUCUCAGUGGAAGUGAAAGAAUAGGAAAAACAGGAGUUGAAGGCAUUCUUUAAAGAGAAGCUACAGGCAUCAAUUUAUCAUUGCAUUUUCUAGAAUUAGUUAUUGAUUGUUUAAAUCGUUAAGCUAAUGGUGAAAAUAUCCAUAUUCCAUAUAGAGAUUCAUUAAUGACUCUUGUAUUAAAAGAUUCUUUAGGUGGAAAUUGUAAAACAAGAAUGAUUGCUACUAUGUCAAGUGAACCUGAAGAUCUGCCUGAAUCUAUAUGUACUUGUAGAUUUGCUGGAAGAGUUGCUAAUAUUAAAAAUAAAGUAACUAGAAAUGAAGCUGUUGAUCCAUUCAUUAUCAUAGAGAAAUUGAAAAGGGAAAAUUAAUAAUUGAAGGCAGAAUUAGCCAUGAUAAAAGGUUAAAGUAUUAAGGAUCAUUUGGAAUCUUAUGAAAUAGAUGAAUGUAAAAAGAAGGUAGAUGAAUUCUUAAAUUCAGAUGAUCCUGCAGCUAUUCUUGUUGUGAAUGACCAUCUUAAAAUGAAUGAAUGUUUUUUCUAGCUUAAACAUAUGCUUAAAAAUUUAAAUAAAAAGGCUUCAUCACAACCUGUUGUUUAAUAACCAUAAACUAUUACUAAUAAUACAGUUGAAGUUUAAUAAUUAAAUGAUGAAGUUUUAAGAUUAAAACAAUUAAUUAUAUAGAGAGACAAUGAGAUUAUGAUACUUCUUAAUCUAAUAUAGAAAGGUAAAGGUUCUAAUACUAAUUAAUCAUUGGUAUUGUAAGGACCUAUUUCAGAAUAACCUGAAAUUCAAUAAGCUAAUACAUCCAGUAUUUUAUAACCAAUAGAAUUUCCAAAAUAAGCUGAAAUUGAUAGACAAAGUUAAAUUUUAACUGAAAAACCUGCAAUUAAGAAAUAAAAUUUUAUGCAAGGUAGUUUAGAUAGUGAACCAAUGAGUUAAACAACUAAAACUACAACAGCAUAAUUUAAAGAAUUAAAUGGUAUGUUAUCUGAACCAAUUAAUAUUUCUAAUGAAUAAUUACUUGAUCGAAAUUCAGCUUUAGAGAUGUUCAGAAAAUCUUAUAGGAAAGCAUAAGCUUAAGAAGAUCUUAAACAAGAACUUUAGGAAAAGAUGAUGACUAGUAAAGAAUUAGGGUUAUUCAUUAAUAAUCAAAGAAAUAUUAUUAGUUAAUUAAAAGAUAAAAUAGAAUAAACAAGAAAAGAAUAAGUAUUACUUGGAUUAGUAAAUAGUGAUCCUAAUUAAGUAAGCACAGAAGAAGAGAAAUUAAUUGCUGAAUAUAAUAAAUAAAAGGAUAUGUAAUUAAAAUUAUUAUUAAAAUAUAGAUAUAAAUAAUCAUUUGAUAAAUUGAAGUAAUUAAAGGCAGAAGUAGAAAGAAUGAGUACAUAAUUGAAACACAGCAGAGAGAAAAUGCAAUAAGACUUUGAGAAAUGGAUUGAUAUGAUGUUAAAAUAGAGAAAUUUAAGUAUGGCUGCAACUUCAGUGUUAUCAGAUUUCAAGAAUCUAUCAUAAAAAGGAGGAGAAGAUGUAAAUAGUAUGGUGCAGCAAUUUUAUAAAAACAAAGAGAUUUGUAAUUAAUUAUUAUAAAAAUGA